ACUAUCAGCAGUAGUAGCAGCACUGCUAGACAGGACAGUGAUAACCUUUGGUAGUGUCUUCUAGACAAGCUGUGGCCACAUGUGGAUAGCCCUUGUGAAAUGAGGUCAUAUGUUGACCUACAUGUUAGCAUGUGAUCAGACACACUGGCUGUUUUUCUGCUCCUAAGCCUUGGAUAGUUGCUGUCUCUGUGUGCAUGUGUUUCCACAAUUUGUUGUGACUUAUUCAGAUACAUGCUGACCAGUGAUAGCUAGAGCCCCAACCAACAUGUCGCUGAACGGAGGCUGGUCCCAGCCUAACGCUGCUCUCAGCCCUGAGAGCUUCAACCCCAUGAUGAUGCAGAAAGAACUCAUGCACGCCUGGGAAGAAGAGAAGCCCCAGCCGGGAAUGUCGGUUGCAGAGCUGCGGCGCCGGUUCGAGAUGUCAAACGACAAUCAGAACACCACAGAGAGGGUCACGAGAACCCCGACACGGGCUCAAGAAGAGCCGCCAACCAGACGGCAGGAGUACGUACAGAGGAGACCUGUCCCUGCGCCCCGGGAGUAUGCGACACCUGACAGAGACGAGUACAGACAACAAGAGUACGCGCAGCCGAAACGGUACAAUUAUACACAAGAACAACAGUACAGCCAGGUACCUCGUGACAGGUAUCCACAGAGGGAAUAUGUACAGCCUGAACGAGACACUUACCACCAGAAAGAAAACAUCAUGCCCAGGCCUAUAGCCAGGCCUGCAUCUGCCAGCCCCAAACAGGUGGACUCUCCGCAGAGUCAAAUCAUCGUUCCUUCUCCUAAGUCUGUGUCGGCCAGGAAGAAAGCAAUAAACCAGCAGAAGGAGAAGGUACCAAGGAAGCAAGUGCGAAGCAUCUACAAUACCAUACAGCAGGAUCUGUACCACCAGCAGGAGUUCGAACAGCAGCGCGGACCUGCGUCGUCUGUACCCGCCAGGCAACAUGUACCCGAACCAACACUGUCCAGCACGCAGCGACAUUCAAGCUGGUCUGGUCUUCUGGACGAUGACCAAGAUGCUUACAAUAGACAAUCAGACAAGGUCCCCCCUCCCCCACCCAGAAGGAAGACUCCUGUGGGUUACGCAUACCAGCGACCAUACAGCUACCACUCGUCAGCUCACAACGAAGAUACAAACCUUGGUUUCGUGAAGCAACCGGAAGAGUACAAAACAGAUAAGAAGAUGAGACAGGAACAGCCGACUGAAGAAGAAGUCACCCAAGAUGCGUAUGCCGAUCAAAUCCGAAAGAUGAUGAAGAGGACCCCUGCGCAGUAUUCACCGAUUCGCCCUGCAAAACCCUCGACGGAAAAACGAUUAGUGGGUCCGUCAGAUGAGGACAUCUUCAGAUAUGCAAAGGCACAGGAGCCGCUGCAUGUUCGCCGUAGCCCACAGGCAAAGCUGCAAUCAGAGGGGCCCUACGAUCCCAAAUUCAAGAAAGUGCAGUGGGGAGAGGGGCCUGACACCAAACCCUCCUACGACAGGCCUGGAAGUGGAAAUCGAGAAAGUCCGCAGUCCAUUCAAAACAGAUACGGUUCCCAGAGCUAUAGUGACGACAGGGCCCGUCAGUCUCCCAUACCUCGAAGCACUUCUUGGGGGCAACAGCAGACCCCAGAACGUGAACAACAGGAGAGAAGCUCAAUCAGUAUGAAGAAGAGUGUUACAAUAGACUCCUUGCAGCCCAGGGGCAGUUUCAGUGAGUCUGAGCCAGGGGAGAGUGUGGGCUCCCUGGAUGACAAAGUUAACUCCUACCUGGAAAUGAAGGGGUUCAAGCCCAAACCACAGGCAGAAACGAGCGAACCGGUGCAGCGUAGGCCUCAACGAAACCGUGCAAAGUUUACAAAUCGAGAGUCUUACGUGUACCGGGACUCGACCCCGAGCCCACAGCACUCUACGCAAUCGCAUGAGCCAGUACAACGAUCGUCUCCACGGCCAGCUUCCAUUGACUUCCCUCCCCCUCCUCCAGAGAUGCUCGACUUCCCCCCACCCCCGCCGCUAGAGUACACCACAGCAGAGAUUGUGCACUCUUCACACCCAACAUCUGUUGUCUCCUCGACUACGUAUGGUAGAGAUGAUCCUAAAGCACACGUCAACUCAAACACCACACAAACAGAGGAAAGGUAUGAGGAACCGCGAAGAGACCGCGACUUCAACAGGAUCAACCUCCAGCUUCGUCAGCAGACAGAAGAGCGAGUCAACUCCUAUCCUUCCAGUGACGCAGAGGAUGAAGAAUCUUCAAGCAACUACUCUUACGACCAAAGUUCUCCCGAAAGGAGGUACCUGCAGAAGAAAUAUGCUGGCAUUCCUCGCAGCCCUGUCAUCGACUUCAAGGAUUUCUUAGAAAAUGGCAAGGAGGAAAACACCAAAGCAGACGAUAUCAAGUUUCAGAGAUAUCCAGUUCGUGAGGAUGAGCAGAAAGGCAUGUCUAGAGAGGACAGCUUUGUCAGCAGCGCCAGUGGUAGUGCAAUAGGUUUCCCACUUCACCGCACAGAGGAGGUCUGGUCAAUUACUCAACAGUCAGAUGCCCCGUCAUCAGAGUUCCAAAUCUUUGAAGCUCCAACCGAACCUGACGGCAAGCAGUCACCUGAACUCAGGGCUCCAUCUGAGAGGAAAAAAGACAGGAAACAGGUCCAGAAACGUCCCAGUAUGAAGGAUCUACAGGGCAGAACACAGAACGUCAUAAACCGUCAUUCAAGAGAGAACCUUAGCACUACCGAUAGAAGGGGAGAAGUGGACUACAGCGGGUCAUCCCCGACACUAACGCCAUCUGAGUCUGGAACGGAAACGGAAGACUCUCCUCGAGAGUGGAGGAGGCAGCAGCAAGAUUUAGCUGAGAAAGAGCAGAAAUACUGGCGUCAAGAGGAGGAAAGGAUGAGGAGGGAGGAAGACGAAAGAGCAGCUAAAGUCGCUGCCGUUAAAGAGCGACGUGACUCAGAAAAAAAGGCCUGGUUGGAGGAGCAGGAAAGGAUGGAGAGGAUGCAGCGAGAGUACGAGGAGAGACAGAGACUAGAGGAGGACAGGAGAAGGUUGUUAGAACUCAAGAAACGGGAAGACCAGAGAAAGGCAGAGGAGGAUGCCAGACAGGCUGAAGAGCAGGCCAGAAGAGAGGUUGAAGAGAAACUACGCAGACAAGCUGAGGAAAGAGCAAGACAGGAGGCUGAGAUGAAAGCUCAACAAGAGGCAGAGGAGAGGGCAAAAUGGGAAGCACAAGAGAGGGCCCGUAGGGAAGCAGAGAUCAAAGCUAGGAUGGAAGCAGAGGAGAGAGCCCAACAAGAAAUGGAAGAAGCCAGAAGAGAAGCAGAAGAAAGAGCUCGUAGGGAGGCAGAAUUAAGAGCUAGGAGGGAAGCAGAGGAAAGGGCACAAAGGGAGGCAGAAGAGCGAGCCAGAAGGGAAGCGGAAGAGAGAGCCAGGAGAGAAGCUAGAGAGAGAGCUAUCAGAGAAGCUGAGGAGGAAGCUCGAAGGGAAGCUGAGAUACGAGCAAGGAUAGAAGCUGAGGAAAGAGCCCGUAGGGAGGCAGAAGAAAGAGCCCAUCUAGAAGCUGAAGAGAGAGCCCGAAGGGAGGUUGAAGAAAGAGCUCGAAGGGAGGCUGAAGAGAGAGCUCAAAGGGAAGCUGAACUGAGAGCUCGUCAAGAAGCUGAAUUUAGAGCUCAUCGAGAAGCUGAAGAAAGAGCUCAAAGGGAAGCUGAAUUUAGAGCUCGUCAAGAAGCUGAAGAAAGAGCUCAAAGGGAAGCUGAACUAAGAGCUCAAAGGGAAGCUGAAGAUAGAGCUCGAAGGGAAGCUGAACUAAGAGCUCAAAGGGAAGCUGAAUUUAGAGCUCAUCAAGAAGCUGAAGAAAGAGCUCGUCGGGAAGCAGAGGAGAGAUCCCGUAGAGAAGCCGAAGAACAUGCCAGAAGGGAGGCAGAAGAAAGAGCAUUCAGGGAAGCCCAGGAAAAGAAGAUGAGAGAGGAGGAAGAAAGAGCAAGAAGAGAAGCUGAGGCAGCUGAAAUAAGGGCACGACUGGAACAUGAGGACAUGAUCCGCAGGGAGGUGGCUGCACAAGCACAGCGGGAACUUGAAAUGGCACAAAAAGCUGCAGAUGAACAGAUGAAGAAGGAGGAGGAGCUAAAAGCAAAACUGGAGGCUGACAAACAAGCAGAAAUGGAGGCUAAGAAAAUGUGGGAAGCUGCUGAAAAAUCAGUGAAAGAAGCAGAGGAGAGAGCAAAACGUGCAUCGUUACACAGGCAGAAAAAGGAACAAGAGGUAGAACGGGUUUCUCCACGAGUUUCUCCACAGAGGGAAAGAGCAAGAAGUGACACCGAAGAAGUUUCUGCAAGAAAGCCCCCUGUUCCUGCUCCCCGCAGGCGAAACCAGUCAGAGGCACCAGAUGAGCAAACCACUUCGCUCAAGAGAGGAGCCAAGGACAGAAUGAGCCUGCGAGAGUUGAAAGAGUUCACCAGGGGCACUAUCCUAAGGUUGUCUAGCAGAAGUCUGGCCAGCUACGCCUCGGAGCCACCACCAGACCUCAGGUCUGAGAUAGACGUCAGAUCGCCUGACAGCAUUGGAGGCGGCAGGCUGCGUAAGAAGGUUCCUAGUCUGAGGGACCUGAAGACUCAGACCAGAGACCAGAUCAUCAGACACUCCAGAGACAGCCUUUCCUACCGAAGGUCCCAAGGUUCACUCUCCAGUCCAGGGCCUUUCUCUGGAGAUGAUGACGAUGACGACGAUUAUUACGUACCGUUUAACGACUAUGACAGUGACGAAGACAAUUCCUCGCGACAGAAAGUGCCCCCCUGUAUGCGUCCUCAUCGCAGGAAGGGACCGGGUAUGAAAUCCGCCGAUCCUUUACAGCGAAGAUCUUUCCACGAGAUGCCGCAGGACGGACUAUCAAGCGACCUCCCACCAGUUCGAGUGACCAUUCCCAUGAGAGGAGCCAAAUCUACAGAGGCCAUCGUGCAACAGAAGAAGAAGAAGAACAUGACUGUCGAGGUCACCUUGGUACCUAGGGCAUCCAUCGAAAACUUGGACAGCUUCAAACCGGAGGUCAAGGUCACCAAUAAUCCCAUGGAAUACAAAAAGCUGACAGGGAGCAUGCCGGAGCUGAGCGAUGAUGGGAGUGAGAAGAAAGCACCAUCAGGGUUGAGAACAUCACGGAGCAAGUCUGAUUAUGGUAUCGGGAGAGGCAAAGGCUCGAAGAUGACAUCAGGGGAUACAGGAUACAGCUCGGUUACAUCCGAUGACAGCCCUGAUAACAUCCCCGGGAGACCUCGGUCUCGAUCGUGGAAAGGAUCGGUGUCUCUCGACACAGAAGGAAUGGAUGACUUGCUUUCAGAAGAGAAAGAGAACGACAAAAAGGAAGCAAAGAACCCCAAGAGUCCCAAGAGCCCCAAGAGUCCAAAGUCAAAAUCCAAGAAGAAAAGCGGGACUUUUCCUCGGUUCAAGCAAGACCAGAAGCAAGAGAGGCCAAGAUCACGUGUAGAAAUUCUUCUACAUGGUUUAGGGAACGAAGACCCCAAAGCCCCGUACUAUGAAACUGAGGUGUGAUGGCAAGGAGCUCUUUGAAUCAUGUCAGUUUGAAUCUGAUUUACGUCAUCUCAAUGUUGUACAGUGUGCGACCAUUGCUGGUCAUUUAUGAAUCAGCAUAAAUAAUAGCAUGGACAACUUCAACUGUACCCCUAAGGAGUUCAGGCUAAGCAGGAGCGUUAGAAAUGGAUUGUGUCUGCAUCAAUGACGUGAGGUGGAAAGAAGAUAUACACCAGGACUGGAAGAAAUGUUGUUUGUGCUUGGUGAGCAUUACGUGGGGUAUUUCUUCAAACACCAUGUUCAAUUACCAAACAUCAUUCAACAGAAGUUGAAGGGACUGCAGCUGUAAGAUGUAGUACAGGAUAAGAAGACAGCAAUCAUGUAUUAUUCAUGUAUUAUAUAUGCAACAAUUUUCCCCUUUCUGUUUCUGUAUUGGUGAACAUGACAUGAAGAAUCAUUGUUCUUUUCUGUCACACAGGUUAU